UGUCAGUGUGCAAAGGAAGUUUGUUGAGGCUUCUUCCCAUCUUUUACGUUGAAAUGACUCCUUUGAUGGAUUGUGAAAAGCAUGUGAAAUUAGCAAUGACUUUGGUGGAUACAGGUGGGAGUAAGUAGGUGGCGGAUUUGUUAUGUAGUUAAGGCCGGAGAUGACUAAAUGGGGUGGGUUUUUGCUGCUGUUGUUCUUUUAUUAAACUUUUAUUUUGUAUUGGAGUAUGGCCAGUUAAAAUGUUAUGAUAGUUCCAUGUGGACAGCAAAGGGACUCAGCCGUACAUGUGCAUGUAUUGGAUGUGGUGUUUGAGGAUCCGUGUUCCCUGGUAUUUUGUGGACUGGAAAAAUGUUGGGUGAAGCUAGUGGUCUAGGCUUUGAGAAAGCCAGACUUCUUGUCCCAUUUUUUUUUUGCGGGGGGGUCACAGAACAGGCUUAUGAACUCAGGUGCUCCCCAGAAAUGAGGUGGGAGGCUGAGGGUCGCUGUCCAUUCUUUGACUUUUUGUUUUCAGUAUAGCUGAUGGGAAUAAUUCUUCAGCACCAGUUCUGAACAAGCGCCAGAGAAGUUUGUUUCCAGAAGUCUAGACCUCUUAAUUGUAUAAUGCCGGGCCGCACUCCAGUGGGAGUUUGCAAUCACAGGAAGAUUCGUCUGGAUUCUUGGGAGGGCAGCCUUUCUGUCUGGUGUUUAGCUCCCUGCCCCAGCCAGACGCCUCUCCUGUUUGCUCUCAGAGCACUCACCACACUGUGAUGCAGGGGGGCUGUUAACCUGUCUCUCCCCACCCAGGGGUCUUUCUUAGGGGCAAGGUCAUUUAUUGAAGGCUGAGCGUUUAGUUAGCCCAACAUAGGAGGUGCUGAGCAGUCCUGUUCCCAGUCUAGUCCUUUCUUAGACUAAAGCAGAUAAGAUCUAUCUGGUGAAAUUCUUUGAACUCUCAGGAAGGAAGGUCCUGCAUAAACAAAAGGUGAAUGUAUUAACAGUCGAAUUACUAAUUAUUUUCCAGGGUUGAGUUAAUGUGGUUGAAUGAUCUAGGUGCUUGGCUUCAGCUGUCUCCCUCUUCAGCCUUAUAUUCUAACCACACAUUGCUAAACCAGCCGGAAGGAGUUAAAAGAGGCACUGGAGUACUCACAGGUGUAUUUUCUUGCUUAAUUAGCAUCUUAAAAAGGCUUUGGCUGCCGGCACCCUCUUUGUUAUUCACCGAGCUCCUUUUAGUGCCUGCAGUCACCUGCUGGGUUUUCUGUGGUAUCGCUGGUCCUCCCUUGGUGUGCUCCAUGCUCACAGCCAAGACAUCUUGGUACAGCCUUGUUCACGCCUAGAAGAACCACAGGGAUGAAACCAGUAGUUAGAGGUGGAUUGAAGUUUUCCCUGGGCUCUGCCCCUCAUCCCUUGGUGUGGGGUGUGCACUGCAAUGUGGCCCAUAUUCAUGAUGGCAUCUUGGCAGGAGUGAUAAGCUGCGUUGUACAUUAAGCAGAUUUGAGAGGAGAUCGGAUGAGUCAGCUGGACUGGAUUGUGUUGUGUGCUUUUAGGCCUCAGAGGGACUGAGUCUGGUGAGGGUCCGUGAGUAGAAGAGUGAGACUUUCUUUGUUCGGUCUAUCUUGUAAGUGCCAACUGUCUACUUGGUGACGUUUGGGAUCUAUCAAGGACACGGCCCCCUAUUUGUGAAGCACUUUUAUGUUCUCAUAGUAAACUGGCAGAGAACUCCCAGAUGGGGGUACUGCCUUGCGGAGAGUCAGCCUAGACCCGAAAGCCCUGGGCUUCCAUUAAGCUAACCAGCAGGAUAGAACUUUGCACUUAUCCCCUUGGGUGCUGAGCUGUGGCCUCUUUGCCCCUUUCCAGGUGAGCCAGAUGGGGAAUUCGGUCUCAGAUGUCUUUGAGGGUCUUUACAUCCGGGCAGAAUUGUCAUCGUUUUCCUUGGCUCCCAGGAGAAGACAGCUUUCCAGGCUUUGAGCUGGAAUUGGAAAUGGAGGGUUCUGUCCCCUGUGUCUGUGGCCUUGGGCAGGUCUCUUGUCCUCUGUGUCACUUCAGAAUGGGAGAAUGCCACCUGUUCGUGGGCCUCACUAAGCUACAAGGAUUGAAGGAAAUACAGCUGCAGGGAAAGCACUUCUGGGAGGGUACAGCACAGUGCAGAUGGAGUGAUUUGUCCGUUUGUCAAGGAACAGUGCAUUUUCAUCAUAAACAUGGUGUGUCACCUCAUUGAAAAUACCAACCGUACAGAAAAAUCUACAAAAUUUAAAGUAAAAAGACCUUCCCUUUCUUCCCCCACUGCUCCUGUCUAAGCCCUUUCCCAAAGACAGGGAAUACUGUUAACCAUUUAUCCCGUAUCCUUCUGAUCAUUCUAAUGUAUUAAUACUUCCAGACAUUCCCUAUCAUGUAUUGCCUGUAAAAUAAACACAACUUAAUAGUAAUACAUAUUGUUCUUCAGCUUGUUCUGCCCUCCUAACAGUUAACCCUGGGAGGGGCAGGGAGGGGGGAAUUAGUCCCUGCUGGAGCCUUCGAGGAGCCCGGCUACAGCCUCCGGUCCAGCUUGGUGUGUUCCUGGGGGGCUGGCUGGCUCCUUGGGAGGGUUGGAGCCACUUUCCCAGAGGUUCUUGCCACAGCAGACACCCUGCUUAUCUCUGAGGGAUUGUCUUUUAUGCUGGGAUGAAGUUUUCUGGUAGGAGAGCCCUGGAGUGGGAAUCAGGAUGGGUGCGGGCGUGAUGUGGACACCAGCACCCCUGGCUCGCAUGUGUCUCUCUCCUUCACUCUUCUUUCAUCUCUGGCUGGAAAGGGUGGAGACUUACCUGAUUUCUCAACCCCUGCUGUCUGAAACCUUGGAUUAACCAGGUCACUUGCUGCUCCCCAUUUGGAAAACAAACCAGACCCAACUGCCGGAGAACCUUGCUCCCUGGGGUCACCAGCCGGGCUCACUGCUUGGCAGGGUGGGUGUUGUGCUUGCAUGUGGCCUGCCUUCCAGAGGGGAGAGGCCCCGCAGGGUCUGGCGCUCCGGAGUUGGGCUGCUCACAGACCAAGCUGUCUGUUUGUAUGGAGUGCCUGGAGGGCGUCUGCCACGAGUCUGGUGCUAACCGUGCUAACCAGGAGAGCUGGCUGGUUGGGGAGAAGACACUAACCCUGCUGGGAAAGAAGGGGCGUCCAGAGGUUGCAGGAAGGCUGACUGCGCGGGGCGCCCUGGUGGUCUGCACAGGAGCUGUUGGCCAGAGGAAGUGGCUGGGCCGUGGGAUGCAGAGAGCCGCAGGCUGACUCCCGGACAGCGGAACAGAGAGUGCUGCCGACGGACGGACGCAGGUUGAACAGCUUUCACCUCCCAGAAUGACCAGUGCAGCCCCUGCUAAGAAGCCCUACCGUAAGGCACCACCUGAGCAUCGUGAGCUGCGGCUGGAAAGUCCUGGCUCCCGGCCCGAGCAGGAGGAGCCGCUGACUGACGCGGAGAGGAUGAAGCUUUUGCAGCAGGAAAACGAGGAGCUUCGCCGGCGCCUGGCCUCGGCCACCAGGCGCACUGAGGCUCUGGAGCGUGAGCUGGAGAUCGGGCAGGACUGCCUGGAGUUGGAGUUGGGCCAGAGCCGGGAGGAGCUGGACAAGUUUAAGGACAAGUUCCGCAGGCUGCAGAACAGCUACACGGCUUCCCAGAGGACCAACCAGGAGCUGGAGGACAAGCUGCACACGCUGGCCUCUCUUAGCCACAGCUGGAUUUUUGCAAUCAAGAAGGCUGAGAUGGACAGGAAGACGCUGGACUGGGAGAUUGUGGAGCUGACCAACAAGCUGCUGGAUGCCAGGAACACCAUCAACAAGCUGGAGGAGCUCAACGAGCGGUACCGGCUGGACUGCAACCUGGCCGUGCAGCUGCUCAAGUGCAACAAGUCCCACUUCCGUAACCACAAGUUCGCUGAUCUGCCCUGUGAGCUGCAGGACAUGGUUCGGAAACACCUGCACAGUGGCCAGGAGGCCGCCAGUCCCGGGCCUGCCUCCAGCCUGGCCCCUGGGGCUGUGGUGCCCACCUCGGUCAUUGCCCGCGUGCUGGAGAAGCCGGAGUCUCUCCUGCUCAAUUCGGCCCAGUCAGGCAGUGCCGGGCACCCCUUGGCUGAGGAUGUCUUUGUGCAUGUGGAUAUGAGUGGGGGUGACCCGGGUGACUCAGCUAGCCCCCCAGCCCCGAGCAGCCCCAGCCCCCAACCCAACGGGGAGUGCCAUUCCCUGGGCACUGCCGGGGGCUCCCCAGAGGAGGAGCUGCCCCUGCCGGCCUUUGAGAAGCUGAGCCCCUACCCAACCCCAUCUCCGCCACAUCCACUGUAUCCUGGCCGCAGGGUGAUUGAGUUCUCUGAGGAUAAGGUGCGGAUUCCCCGCAACAGCCCCCUGCCCAACUGCACAUAUGCCACCCGCCAGGCCAUCUCCCUGAGCCUGGUGGAGGAGGGCAGUGAGCGGGCCCGCCCCAGCCCGGUGCCUAGCAGCCCUGCCUCAGCCCAGGCUUCCCCCCAGCACCAGCCCCGCCCCGCCCUGCCGGCGCUCAGUGCCCCGGCCAGCUCUGCCAGCUCUGAGGAGGACCUGCUGGCCAGCUGGCAGCGUGCGUUUGUGGACCGCGCUCCGCCCCCGGCCGCUGUGGCCCAGCGCACGGCCUUUGGCCGGGAUGCACUCCCUGAGCUGCAGCGCCACUUCGCCCUUGGGCCCACUGGCGGAGAUGAGGUGCAGGCACCUUCGUCCCCACCUGGUGAAAGCGGGCUUCUGCUGCUGCCCGAAGCUGACCCUGGCUUUCCCAGGGAGGAGGACGAGGAAGAGCUGAAUCUGCCCGUCAGCCCGGAGGAGGAGCGCCAGAGCCUGCUGCCCAGCGAUGCUGGCACUGAGGAGGGGCCCAGCGCGCCUUGUCCUGAGGGCAGGGUGUGGGCACUGCCCAGCCCCAGCCGCCCCCAGCGCAGCCCCAAGAGGAUGGGGGUGCACCACCUGCACCGCAAGGACAGCCUGACGCAGGCCCAGGAGCAGGGCACCCUGCUCCACUAGCGCCCGGCGCGCCUUCCGCCGCUGCUGCACUGGGACUGCGGGGCACCCCUGCCCUUGCAGCUCAGGGUCUCCGCCCAGCCCAGGCCUUUGGCCUCUGCUCCCUGCGUGAACAGGGUCAGGCCACACCAGGCCUUUCAGCUGCAUUGACUGUAACUGGCACCAGCUGGCCUCGUGGUUUUUCCCUCCUGGAAUAUUUAUUCUCCAAUGGUAACGUGCAGCUGGGGCUCAUGACCUUCCGGUCAGCCCAGAUCGGUCUGUUCUGGGGAGCUGAGGCGUUUAUUACACCAGUGUUCAUCCUCCAUCCUCCUUUCAUAGCCACCAGUCUUUUUUUCCCCCCAGAGUGUAGGGGGUCAUUGGGAUUAUUAACCUCUAAGUUCUAGUUUUUGACCUGUUUCCCUCUCCUUCAAUCCUCUGCACGAGCUGUUGCCUUCAAGGGGCCUAGCACAGCAGGCCCUCGGGGGUGCGGGAGAGGACUGACUCAGGGCUCCUCAGAUGUUCCUCCUCCCUCUGGAAGGGAGUAGAGGGUGGGAUUCAGGGGCCUUAAACUGGGCUCUUGGUGAAGCCUGGCCCUGCUCCCAACCUUGGCUCUAGACUGUUACUCCCAGCACUGGGAAAUUUUCACAUCGGUAACUAUUUUAAAAUUAAAUAAAAUUAUUUUACUGGAA